AUGUCUGUCCAUUCUUAUCUCUGCAGCAUAUACAGUAGCGAUGAGGACGAUGAAGACAUUGAGAUGUGUGACCAUGAUUAUGACGGGCUGCUUCCCAAAUCAGGAAAGCGUCACUUGGGGAAAACUAGGUGGACCAGGGAAGAGGAUGAAAAGUUGAAGAAGCUGGUGGAGCAGAAUGGAACAGAUGACUGGAAAGUGAUUGCCAAUUAUCUGCCUAACCGGACAGAUGUGCAGUGCCAACACCGAUGGCAGAAAGUGUUAAACCCUGAACUCAUCAAGGGUCCCUGGACCAAAGAAGAAGAUCAGAGAGUGAUAGAGCUGGUACAGAAAUACGGUCCGAAACGUUGGUCUGUUAUUGCCAAGCACUUAAAAGGGAGAAUUGGAAAACAAUGUAGGGAGAGGUGGCAUAACCACUUGAAUCCAGAAGUUAAGAAAACCUCCUGGACAGAAGAGGAAGACAGAAUUAUUUACCAGGCACACAAGAGACUGGGGAACAGAUGGGCAGAAAUCGCAAAGCUACUGCCUGGACGGACUGAUAAUGCUAUCAAGAACCACUGGAAUUCCACCAUGCGUCGCAAGGUGGAACAGGAAGGCUACCUGCAGGAGCCUUCAAAAGCCAGCCAGCCACCAGUGGCUACUGGCUUCCAGAAGAGCAAUCAUUUGAUGGGCUUUGCUCAUGCUCCACCUUCAGCUCAGCUCUCUCCAACCGGCCAGCCAUCGGUUAACAGUGACUAUCCCUACUACCACAUUUCCGAAGCACAAAAUGUCUCCAGUCACGUUCCAUAUCCUGUAGCAUUGCAUGUAAAUAUAGUCAAUGUCCCUCAGCCUGCUGCUGCAGCCAUACAGAGACACUAUAAUGAUGAAGACCCUGAGAAAGAAAAGCGAAUAAAGGAAUUAGAGUUGCUCCUGAUGUCAACUGAGAAUGAGCUGAAAGGACAGCAACCAUUACCAACACAGAACCACACUUGCAGCUACCCUGGGUGGCACAGCACCUCCAUUGUGGACCAGACCAGACCUCAUGGAGACAGUGCACCUGUUUCCUGUUUGGGAGAACACCGCUCCACUCCUUCUCUGCCUGCAGAUCCUGGCUCUCUACCUGAAGAAAGCGCCUCGCCAGCCAGGUGCAUGAUCGUCCACCAGGGCACCAUUCUGGAUAAUGUUAAGAACCUCUUAGAAUUUGCAGAAACACUCCAGUUUAUAGAUUCUGAUCCUUCAUGGUGUGAUCUCAGCAGUUUUGUCCUCUCUGAAGAAGAAGCAGCUUUUUCACGUAGUCAACAGCACACAGGCAAAGCCUUCCAGCUUCAGCAGAGAGAGGGCCAUGGGACUAUACCUGCAGGAGAGCCUAGCCUGAGGGUGAACAGCCCAGGGCUGAACCAGGACACUUCCCCUGGCCCAGCCAAAGCCUUCUCUCCUUCAAGGCACAGCAUGGUUCCUCUGGUCAUCCUUCGAAAAAGGCGGGGCCAAGCCAGCCCCUUAUCCACGAGAGACACUAGCUCCUUCCUCUUUGCUGACAUCAACAGCUCAACUCCCAAGCGUUCCCCUGUCAAAGGCUUACCCUUCUCUCCCUCGCAGUUCUUGAACACUUCUAGCAACCACGAAAACCCAGGCUUAGAUGUGCCUUCUUUAACCUCUACUCCUCUCAGUGGCCACAAACUGACAACACCAUGUCAUAGAGACCAGACUGUGAAAACCCAGAAGGAAAAUUCCAUCUUUAGAACUCCAGCUAUCAAAAGGUCAAUCCUUGACAGCUCUCCAAGAACACCCACACCAUUCAAACAUGCGCUUGCCACUCAAGAAAUUAAAUAUGGUCCCCUGAAGAUGCUACCUCAGACACCCUCUCACUUAGUGGAAGACCUCCAGGAUGUGAUCAAGCAGGAAGCUGAUGAAUCUGGAAUCGUUGCUGAGUUUCAAGAGAGUGGACCCCCACUACUGAAGAAAAUCAAACAGGAGGUGGAGUCACCAACUGAUAAAGCAGGAAACUUCUUCUGCUCAAACCACUGGGAAGGGACCAACCUGAGCACCCAGCUGUUCUCUCAGGCAUCCCCCGUGGCAGAUGCCCCAAAUAUUCUUACAAGCUCUGUUUUAAUGACACCGGUAUUAGAAGAUGAAGACAAUGUUCUCAGAGCAUUUACAGUACCUAAAAACAGGCCCUUGGUGGGUCCCUUGCAGCCCUGCAGUGGUGCCUGGGAAGCAGCAUCCUGUGGGAAGACAGAAGAUCAGAUGACAGCCUCCAGUCAGGCUCGAAAAUACGUGAAUGCAUUCUCUGCUCGGACUCUGGUCAUGUGA